CAGCAGGAAACACGUGCAAAUGCAAACAAAGCCGGGGGCAGGCCCUUUGCACCCUGCAGUGGGGCGAGGUGGGGUGCCCCCGAGUUGGCCAGGAGCAAAUGGGCACACCCUGACAUAUUUGCAUCCAUGUCUGAGGCAUGACUCCAAAGGCCCAGGGAAAGCAAGAAUGUUGAAGAAAAUCCAGAUAUGCCUCUGCUUCUUCUUUGUCUCAGGAAUUUUGUAUGAGAUCUCCCUGCUGUCCAGCUGCUGCUCCUCCUAUAUGCCUAUGCCCAAGCACUUCCUGACACCUGAGCAGGUCUUGAACCUCGGCAAAAGCAUCAUCUUUCUGGAGACAACAGAUCGCCUGGAGCCGCCCCCGCUGGUGUGCUGCUCCGUGGAGUCUGCUGCCAGGAUUUACCAGGACCGGCCUAUCAUCCUUUUCAUGAAGGGUCUUACAAACGACACGGCAUUGGUCUUGAACUCCAGCUAUGCAGCCUUCUCACUUUUGUCUUCUAUGAAGAAUGUCUUCAUUUUUCCUCUCCAGAUGGAAACUGUCUUCCAGGAGACCCCUCUGCUCCAGUGGUACAACCAGGUAGUCCCGGAGCACGAGAAGAACUGGGUCCACAUCAGCUCUGAUGCUAGCAGACUGGCACUCAUUUGGAAGUAUGGAGGCAUCUACAUGGACACAGAUGUCAUCUCCAUCAGGCCCAUCCCUGAGGAAAGCUUCCUUGCAGCACAGAGGUCGCAGUUCUCCAGCAACGGGAUCUUUGGCUUCCCUGCCUAUCACAAAUUUAUUUGGGACUGCAUGGAGAACUUUGUUCUCAAGUACAAUGGGAACAUCUGGGGAAACCAGGGGCCCUUUUUAAUGACAAGGAUGCUUAAAGCUAUCUGCAAUCUCACAGAUUUCAAAGGCACCGAGGACCACAGGUGUCAGAACAUCUCCUUCCUCAAUCCCCAGCGCUUCUACCCCAUACCGUACCGAGCCUGGGGCCGGUACUACAAGGUGUGGGACAAAAGCCCCAAUUUCAACCACUCCUACGCACUGCACUUAUGGAACUUUAUGAACCGCAACCGGAAAACCGUGGUUGCAGGCAGCAACACACUGGCUGAAAAACUGUACAAAGCCUACUGCCCCACUACAUAUGAGGACCUGAUCCAAAAUGCAGAGCUGAAGGACUUCACACACUCUGAGGAUGCUGCAUGAGAUGGUGUGAGGAGGAGGGGGGUGAUCCUUCCAGCCCUCCCUGUCCUGGGCCCAAAACACAGUCACCACUGGUGUCAGUAGCUGGCUUUGUAGGAGGAAGAAAGACCUUUUCAUAAUCACCAUCCCUACUCCAUUGGGACACUAAGGAGCAUGUGCAGAAUGGUGGUGGGUAUUCAUCGGACAUAGCCUCCAGCAACACUAAGGACACCUUUACUGAGUUCUGUUUCCUUAGAGGUACUCAUGAACCAAACCUUCCUGAAUCAAACAGACUUACAGGCCUUACUGGUGAGCUUUUCCAAGGGCGAAGUUCCUAAAAGGAUGCAUGGCCUCCUGGGAGGAAUUUAAUCUCUGCACCUUUUGGCACUAUUGGCAGCUACCCAUGUCAGAAAAGCCACAAACACAGAGUUGAGGCUUUAGACUGGGUUCAAGCCUCUGAGGCAAGUGUAGGGCAAAGGAUGGAUGACAGUAAUUGCUAAUGAAGAGAAGCCCAAACCACUGUCUUUUCAUUAAUCUGUGUUUUUCUCACAUGGAAUUUACACCCUACAUUUUUGAGAGGGACCUUACCAGUGCAAGUGAAAAUAAAAUGGUUAAUAAA